AUGGCGCGAAUACUGCAAGGCAAUCUGCACAGGAGCAGGUUGGCCCACGAUCUUCUACCGCAAUUCGUCGCGGAGGAGAAAGUGGAUAUCCUCUUGAUAAGUGAGCAGUAUAGGGACCGCGACACACCAAGUUGGGUGUCGAACGACGCAAAAACUGCCGCCGUCUGGAUGCCCAGGCGUAAAAUCGCGGACAUGGAAAAAGGGGACGAUUACGUGCGGGUAAGGGUGGGUCGCAUCACUUGCUUCAGCGUGUAUCUGUCACCGAACCUAACCGCGGCCGAUUUUACAGCAAGAUUAGGGGCGCUCGAGGACGCCAUUAGAGACGUGUCAGGUGAACUCGUGAUCGGGGGUGAUUUCAACGCGAGGGCCGUAGAAUGGGGUAUGUCAGCUACAAAUAGGAGAGGCAGGGCCAUCCUUGAAAUGGCAGCUAGACUAAAUUUGGUAGUAGCGAACGAGGGUAACACUACUACCUACCGUAGACCAGGUUAUGGGGAAUCCAUACCGGAUAUAACCUUCGUGAGCGAAAUGACGAUACACAAAAUAAGAGACUGGCGCGUCACGGAGGAAUAUACAGCAAGCGACCACCAGUAUAUUCUCUUUAACAUCAACGAAGAAUCCGCGAGCACAGCAAGUAGGAAUCAAGACCGGAUGCCAAGAUGGAACACCAGACGGAUGGACCGAGAAGUACUCCAGGAGGUGAUCCAAAGUGCGGAACUCCCAUCCAGCGGACUACCGCACGAAUUAAUUGGACGAGAAAGAGCUAUGACGCUAGUAGAAAGAACUACUAAGGUAACUAUGCCUAGGGUGUCCAGCAGUCACCAGAGGCGACCAGUUUACUGGUGGACGGAUGAAAUCGAGGAGCUAAGAAGAGAAAGCCUCAAAGCCAGAAGAAGAGCCCAAAGGAAACAUAACCGUCCUGAAGCUCCAGAUCUGGAUAAGAAGCACGAAGAGGCGCGCAAAGAACUCAGAGACGCGAUCAAAGCAAGCAAACGUAGGUGCUGGAGCAGGAUUAUCGACGAGGCAGAGAAUGACCCAUUUGGAAAGGGAUACGUUAUCGUAACGAGGAAGAUAGGCGAAAUGCGGCGAACGGAACCGAUGGAGGCAGUUGCGAUUGAGAAAAUAAUUGACAAACUCUUCCCCACCCACCCCAUCAGACUUGAAAAAGACGAGACGAACGGACCGACAGACGAGAUCCCCCUGUUUACCGAGGGUGAGCUCAUCGCGGCAACUUCUUCCCUGAAAAGCGGUAGAGCACCGGGACUGGAUAGCAUUCCCGCGGAAAUACUCAAGGCUGUUGCUACACAGCAGCCUGAGUUGCUCCUGGAAAUGUACAAUCAGUGCCUCGUGUAG